AAGGAAGCUCUGUCUUCCUCACAGAGGAGCAUGAAAAGACACUAUGAUAAAGAGGCUGUUUCUCGUCCACUACAGCCAGGUGACCAAGUACUGGUGUUAUUACCUGUUUCAGGAUCUUCACUGUCAGCUCGUUUCUCGGGUCCUUAUUUAAUUGAAAAGAAAAUAAGUGAAACUGACUAUGUGCUUCAAACUCCUGAUAGACAACGCCAAUCUCGUGUGUGAAAAUGAUUUCUGUAUGUUUUGCAAGGUUGUUGCUUUGUUGUGAGUAUUCAUUGAAAUACUGUAGUCGCAACCCCUAGGGUUGCUCUUUUAAGGGUGGGAGUGUUACGGAUACAGUUAUCCUGUGUGUGUGUGUAUCCUGUGUGUGUGUUUCUUUUCUCUCCUUCUCCCCUCACAGGUGAAAAUCAUUACCAUCCCCCCUAGACUGUUGGGCCAAAAGGGAUUCGUAACAGAGGCCCAAGGCGUUCUCAGUCCCCUCCUCUGCUCCCUGUUCACCCAAUACUGUGUUGCCACACAUCUCCAACUCAGUCAUUAAGUUUGCAGAUGACACAACAAUGGUAGGCCUGAUUACCAUCAACGACGAGACAGCCCACAGCAAUGUUUCCCAAACUCGGUCCCGGGGACCCCAAGGGGGGCACGUUAUGUAUAGCACUACACAGUUGAUUCAAAUCAUAAACUCAUCGUUAAGCUUUGAUUGUUUGAAUCAGCUGUGUAGUGCAAUGGCAAAAAACAAAACGUGCACCCCAUGUGAUCCCCAGGACUGGGUUUGGGAAACACUUGCCUACAAGGAGGAGGUGAGGGCCCUUGCAGAGUGGUGCCAGGAAAAUAACCUUUCCCUCAACGUCAAAAACAAAAUGAAGGAGCUGAUUGUGGACUUCAGGAGACAGCAGAAGGAGCACGCCCCCAUCCACACACAGUGGAGAAGGAGGGGGUGGAAACAGAAAAGGAAAAAGCAAGAAAUGGAAACAGAUGCUUCAGUUUCCCCACAUCAGCCUGUGUGAGGAGCUCCGGGAAACUACAGAGAAAGACUACAUCAGCAUUUGUGAGCGGCAGCCAAUCGGACGCACGCUCUUUCGGCAGUUCUGUGAAACCCGGGCUGAGCUGAGACGUUGUGUCAAAUUUCUGGACGCUGUGGCAGAGUAUGAGGUCAGUCCAGAUGAGAAGAGGAGGGAGUGUGCUCAGGAGCUCCUAGACAAGUACUUCAGCCCAAAGUCAGAGGAUCACAUUCCUGAGUUGGGGGAGGACAUGGUGGGUCAGUUUACAGAGAGGCUGGAGCAGGAGCCCUGUAAAGAACUCUUCAAUGAGUGCACCAGACUGAUCCAUGACUACCUGAGUGUGGCUCCCUUCGCAGACUACAUCGACAGCAUGUACUAUAACCGAUUCCUGCAGUGGAAGUGGCUGGAGAGGCAGCCAGUCACUAAGAACACAUUCCGACAGUACAGGGUAUUAGGGAAGGGAGGCUUCGGUGAGGUGUGUGCGUGCCAGGUGCGUGCCACAGGGAAGAUGUACGCAUGUAAGAAGUUGGAGAAGAAGAGGAUCAAGAAGAGGAAAGGAGAGUCCAUGGCCUUGAAUGAGAAGCAGAUUCUAGAGAAAGUCAACAGUAGGUUUGUAGUGAGUCUAGCAUACGCGUAUGAGACAAAGGACGCUCUGUGUCUAGUGCUGACUCUGAUGAACGGGGGAGACCUCAAGUUCCACAUCUAUCACAUGGGAGAGGCCGGCUUCGAGGAGAAGAGGGCUGUGUUCUACUCUGCAGAGCUGGCCUGUGGCCUGGAGGACCUGCACAGAGAGAGGAUCGUCUACAGGGACCUGAAGCCUGAAAACAUACUAUUGGAUGACCAUGGUCAUAUCCGGAUAUCAGACCUGGGCUUGGCAGUCCACGUUCCCGAGGAAGAGACCAUCAAGGGUCGGGUGGGCACUGUAGGGUACAUGGCUCCAGAGGUGGUGAAGAAUGAGCGCUACACAUUCAGCCCAGACUGGUGGGCGCUGGGCUGUCUGCUGUAUGAGAUGAUCGAGGGCCAGUCUCCCUUCCAGCAGCGCAAGAAGAAGAUCAAACGUGAGGACGUGGAGAGGCUGGUCAGAGACGUGGAGGAGGAGUACUCAGACAAGUUCUCAGAGGACGCCAAGUCCCUCUGCAAAAUGCUGCUGGCUAAAGAGCCCAGUGAGAGGCUGGGCUGCCAGGGGGAGGGGGCUACGGAGGUGAAGGCCCACCCCAUCUUCCGAUCCAUCAACUUCAAGAGGCUGAAAGCUGGCAGGCUGAAGGCCCCCUUCACCCCUGAUCCCCAGGCCAUUUACUGUAAGGACGUGCUGGACAUUGAGCAGUUCUCCACGGUCAAGGGGGUGGAGUUGGAGCCCAAAGAUGACUCAUUCUACUGUAAAGUGUCCACAGGCAGCGUGUCCAUCCCCUGGCAAAUGGAGAUGAUUGAGUCCGAGUGCUUUCAGGAGCUCAACGUGUUUCAUACGGAUGGGACAGUUCCCCCGGACCUGGACUGGAGAGGACAGCCCUCGCCUGCUCCUAAACAGGGGCUGCUACAGAGGCUUUUUGGGAGACAGGACUGCUGUGGAAACUGCAGCGACAGUGAUGAUGAGCCCACCAGGCUGUGACUGAGCACCCUUAUCCCAGCCUCACCGAUGAUCUCAUUUGUUUACAGAUUUUGCACAUUUGUAUUUUUAAGAUAGUUCUAUAUAAAUAUUGGCAUGUAUAUUUUCAAUAUAUAGCCAUAAAGUCCAUGUUAUUUAAAAGUAAUCAUGAUUCAGAAUCUGUCCACAUUUUCAUGCAUGGCAACAACAGCUGUGACCAUACUGUCACCCCCACAUCUCAUUUGUUGAUGUUGUUCUCAGCCGAUAUCGCAAGCCUCUUUUCUUUUUCUUUCUCCUUUUCUUUGUCUUAUAAAAAGUGUUGACUGGGCUCAGAUUGUGAACCAUUUUUAUUUGAUUUGAAAUGUAUAUUCAAAAUAUAUAUUAUUAAUAUUUACUUCGUGCAAUUCUAGACAAUCAAAUUCGGAUAUUUGUGUGAAGCGUAGGCUUAAAAGGAAAUUGAAGACUGAGGUGAACUCUUAGUAUGAGGUGAUAUGUACAUUUUAGGGUUCUAUCUAGAGACAUUUGAUGUAAGCCAAAUAGAUAUGACUGAACGAUGCAUAUGUAAGUGCACAAGUGCAAAGAAGUGUACCAUAUAUGUGACCUCUAAAGUCCUAAAUGUGUCUUCCUAAGAAUCUGGGUUUAGGGAAAAAGCAUGUUAGUUCCCAACCACAUUAUGAACUAGAGAAGGGACUUUUCUAAAAACACCCUGCGUUAUAGUACAGUAAUUCAAUUGCCAAAAGGGACCUUUUCGUUACACGUGGAUAGCCGAGAAUGGCCUUGGAGUUUCCUCUACCAUGGCAUCCUCUAGAUUGCUACACUUUUGUCACAGAGCUGCUGAGUUUAAUUUAGCGGUGCACUUAUGACCAAACUCGUUUGUUUUAAUCCUCAAAAUAUUUGAAUAAUUAAGUCCUUCCCAUUCAAGGUGCUUCAGACCAUGCUGCCUCUCUCUCUCUCUCUCUCUCCUGUCUCCUCUGCUGCUGUUGUACCUCAUGUGUUCCUUUGCCAUGCUUAUGUGUGUCUGUGCAUUAUGUCACUCAGUGGGAUUCUCCUUGUGGAUGUGGGACUAUAAUAGGACUGAGCUCCCUGAUAGACUAUGGUAUCCCCCGCUGAACCCUCCUGACCAGAGACUCUAUCAGACUGAGGAAGAGGGGUCAAAGGGGAAGGGAGAGGUUACGGAGAGGUUAAGCCAUCUCCAUGGAAACCUCUGCACUCCCAACGGAAGUGAAAGAGACUUCCAAAACUCCUCUUACCAUCCCCAUCUCUCAUUGAAAUGUUGUUUUAUUGUGUGUGAUUCUCAGAUGAACUUGCCUACAUUCCAGUCAAUACCGUACUGUACUGUGUAAAGUUAUGCUACUUUUGUUUAUUUAGCAAUAUUACUUUUUUUAACCGGUGUAAAGUUAAAACCACAACAACAACAGCUCCACCGUGAUACUAGGGCAGGACUUCUAGUCGGAUUAUUAUGACUUUUCUUUACAAUGUGCUCCUGAGUCAGGCUUACACAUUGAGAGAGGAGGGAGGGCCUCUCUGUCUGUCUGCAUCCAUGUCACACCUCUGACACUUUCUUCUUGCAAUGCACUGAUGUUUUGUGUGUGUCCAUAUUUUACCAUAACCACUAGACCAGUGUUUCACAAAAUCUGUCCUGGGGACCAGCGGGGUUACAUGUUCUGGUUUUUGCUCUAGCAUUACACAGCUGAUUCAAAUAAUCAAAGCUUGAUGAUUCGUUGAUUAUUUGAAUCAGCUGUGUCGUGUAAGGGCAAAAACCCAUACGAGAAUGCCUUGGGAUCCCCAGGACCUAGUUUGAGAAACCCUGUACUAGGCUCUGUCCUGGUCAUGAUGAGUGAACGUGCUACUGUACAAGGGAGUUCUUGGAACGUUCUCGGAGCAUUAGGAGGAUGUCUAAAUCUCUGUUAGUAUUCCAAGCCCAACAGAAGAGCACAAAGCAACAGGUUUUGACAGUGGGUAUGAGAACAGUUCAAUUUACCAAACAUAUACUUAACUCUGUAAAGAAUGGAAUAGACCCACUGGGCAAUAACUGAAUUCAACAACAACAAAGAAGUCUUAUGUGAUGACGUUGAAUCAACGUGGAAACUGAUUGGAUUUGCAAGAAGUCAGCAACGUCAGGGAAUUCUGUCUUUUUUUCACCCAACUUUUAAUCUAAAUCCAAUGACAUGGUGACGUUUUUUGUUGAUUUCUCAUUGAAUUCAUGUUAUUUGACAACUCAAUCAAAUGUAAAUCAAAGCAAGGCAACAGUAAACAUGUUGUCCCCACUAAUGAUGCUGCACCCCCUUGGGCCAAUUAGGAACAACAAUUCAAGCUCAAACGGGACAGGAGAUAUGCUUGUUCAAAGUUUGGAAUGUCAGUUAAAUACUAUAGCGCUGUUCCCUAUGUGAAAAGACUAUCUGUGAAGUGAAAAUGGCAGUUAACGUCUGUUAGUGCCAGACAGUCAAGUCAUGGCCUUGUCCAGUUCGUGUGUCACAUACCUUACUUUGACUUCAAAGGGUUCAGGGACAUUUACUUACGCUUUUAAUAUUUAUCUGUGUGUUUGUUAUAUUGUGUUACACACCUUCUGUGAUUCUACAAGCCUUUCUGGUGAGCUACAGCAGCUGUAAAAAGCUAUUUGGUGCACCAUGUGCUGAACUGAAAUGCUAGGCUAUGCUAAUGCUAGGCAGUAAAACUGGUCGUGUCUUUAGUAAGGUGCUUCCUUCCUAACAUUAUCCUGCCAUCUUUAUCUACCUGUACAAUACUUCUACAUUUUAUUUCAGUUAUUUUUUUUAAAUCAUGUGCUCAAUGUUUUUACCUAUGUGUUCGCUUCCAAACUGCUUUCUGUGUUCUGUAAAUGUUUUUGGUGUGUUGCCAUACGCUUGACAUUUUGCCAACUAUGUUCAGACUGCACUAAGCCCUCACACCUUGGAGGCACACUUUGUGUUACACUUCACUUGGAGAACAUGUUUGAGUAUGAGGUGGAGGGGGAAAAAGUAUCUGAAAGUCCAUACAGUGGGGCAAAAAAGUAUUUAGUCAGCCACCAAUUGUGCAAGUUCUCCCACUUAAAAAGAUAAGAGAGGCCUGUACUUUUCAUCAUAGGUACACUUCAACUAUGACAGACAUACUUAUUUUCCACCAUAAUUUGUUAAUAAAUAAAUUUAAAAUCCUAUAAAUGUAAUUUUCUGGAUUUUCUUUUCUCAUUUUGUCUGUCAUAAUUGAAGUGUACCUAUGAUGACAGGCCUCUCUCAUCUUUUUAAGUGGGAGAACUUGCACAAUUGGUGGCUGACUAAAUACUUUUUUGCCCCACUGUGUAUCCUUUGAAUACCAUAUAAAAUCAAGCACUUAGUAUUCUUUGUCUGAUCUAUUGUAUCUAAGUCCACUUCCCCACUUUUGUUACGUUGCAUGUGUGAUACCUCCCUGAGCUCAGGAAGGUUGGAGACUUUAUUCGUGUUAUUAACUUCCUCUGACUCCAUUGCCUUCCCACACUGUCUUCUGCAAGACCAAAUGUCGUACUGUGUGUCACUAGAGACCAGUACGUAUGUCUCUGUUGUCCUACUGUGUUUACAUGCCAAAUGGAAGCAACCGAGAGGAUAAUGAUGAUGAUCAAGAUCAUAUGUUGAUAAUGAUGAAAGUGGACUCGUUGACGAUAAUAAUUAGGAAGAUGUGAACAUGUGCCAUGUACAUGCUAUGUAUCACUCUGAUGCGAUGUUUGUUUGAGCUCUUUUGUUCUCUCUCUCUUUCCGUUCUAUCAACUCAUACUGUCUGCCUCUAACCUGUCUCCGUAGGUGCCUGUGAAAAUGUACAUUAGUCAUGGCCAGUCAAACUGGACCUCCAUGUAACAAAGUAUUUUACUUCAAUAAAACGUUUUUUGUUUA